AUGCCGGCGGUAAUCGACACCCUCCUCAGGCAGACUGGGCUCGACUGGCUGACCCAGCCGAGCGACUUUGGAGCCACCCCCCGUGCCGUCCUCGGUACCGGUACCGGCAUCAUCAGCCCCCCGGUUUGCAAGCCGAUCCAGUUCACGUUCCAUUGCGGAUUCAGUGAGGAAGAACUUGUCACCUCCUUCGUACUCGCCAAGAAGAUAUCGUGGUUUCACGUCUACCCGAACGUAUUCGGUGCCUACGAGAUCCCCGGUGCCGUCCCUGGUGUUGUCCCCGUGUCGUCCCCGGCGCCACCCUCUCCUCCCCACAACCACGAACCACAGAUCACUGACGAAGCCCAGAACCAGAUCUACUGGGACUACGACAGUUCCCUUUGCGCCUUGAAACACCACCCACUAGCCAUCAAACUCGAGAGAUGGCUCAUCAAGUCCCACCAGGCCAUAUUCUGCGAUGACUCCCCGGAUCGCCGCAUCCUUCCAGCCUUUUUCCACUGCGAGGGAUCCGACAACCCGCAGCAAGCCCAGCAAGCCGGGAAAGUCAUCCUUGCAGCUAUGGAAGAGGGCAUUGCGGUUGCCAGCGAUUUCAUUAUCAUUGUACCGUACACUGAAUUGAAGAACUGGGUCGAGACAUCGUGGAAGACUGACACAAAGCUUUCAACCAUCCGAGUCACCACUAGUCCUGCCACUGCCCCAGUUCUCGCCCCUGUUUCUGUCACCGCCACCCUCACCGCUCUGCCACUCCCUCCUGCUCCUGUCGUCGCCGCUGCUCUGCCCGUCGUCCCGGCCGUUGUCGCCGCUCCCGCUCCCGCUCCCGCUCCCGGUUCCGUUCCCGCCGGCGCCCUGUGCCCCUUCCCGGGCUACGGCCAGUGCCUCGCAGGCAAUCUGCAGCGCCACCGCAUCCAGCACUUGCGCCAGGGCGGCUACCUCGGCUGCACCCAAACGUUCGCCGACUCGGCUGAGCUGGGCGAGCACCUCAUCCGGACUCACACCUCGGGCACCACGCCAUACGGCCAUGAAGGAAGUAUUGCAGUCUUCAUCAUGACUCGGACAUAUGAAGUUAAAUGUGGGUUCGUUGCGAGCCCACAGCGGCUUCGCGUGGGAUUCACAAGACACCGAGACGCCCUUUGGGUGUUUGGAGAUAUCGACCUAGCUGGCGACAUUACCCGGCAAUUACCGAAACAAAAGAUGAGGAGGGUCCUUGAUGACGAUGGUCGCGAGAUCAGGGUGCCAACUCUUGCACUCCGUGAGGCUCUGGAGUGGUCUUGUGCGAUCUUGCAGCUCUCGCCCACAAAGGCUCACGAUGUUCUGAUGAUCAACCAAGACAAGGCUUCCGGCUACCAUCUGAACAUCGCCAUGGGACAAUCGCGAAUUUUCGGACACCGCGAGGCCUUCCCUGAGAUGGUCUGCAAGGUCCUGUUGUACAAACACACCACACAGGAUUCCAACAGCCAGAAGCAAUACGCGAACAGCAACUAUACGACAGCUCGCAACGCCCUCGAGGAAUUUUAG